GCGGUAGCACGCUGAAGCAAAACAUUGUUAAAAUUAUUAAAUAAUUUGCUGUUGUGUGAAUAAAUUAAUAGGAGUUAAAUAUCAAACUAUUAAUAUAGGGUUGUAUAAAUACAAAAAGUACUAGGUUGCUCCCAAAAUUAACAAAUAAAGAUUUCUAUACACAAGCCAAAAUGGCUGGGGUAUUAUUUGAGGACAUAUUCAACGUCAAGGAUAUGGAUCCAGAAGGUAAAAAAUUCGAUCGUGUCUCCCGCCUUCACUGUGAGUCAGAAUCCUUCAAAAUGGACCUCAUACUGGACAUUAACUCAUGGCUCUAUCCUAUGGAGCUAGGAGACAAAUUCCGCCUAGUGCUGGCCACAACCCUCAGAGAGGAUGGGUGCCCAGAUAGCGGGGAAUACAAUCCAAUGGAUACAGAGGGAUCACGCGCCGAUAGCUUUGAAUACGUCAUGUUUGGCAAAAUCUAUCGCAUUGAAGGAGACGAAGCUCACAACGAGUCGUCCUCUUCCCGGCUGUCGGCAUACGUUUCAUUCGGAGGACUUCUGAUGAGGCUGCAGGGUGAUGCUAACAACUUGCACGGCUUCGAGGUGGAUCAGACCAUGUACCUAUUAAUGAAACGCCUGGCAUUUUGAAAAAUAUAUACAACUUAUAUAUUUGGAUAUAUCAUUGUUUGUAGUUUUAGCUUUGUCUGCAUACACAAAGCAUAAUAUAAUAACAGAAUUUU